CAUGCCUGCCUGCGCAGCUGAUCUCUCUUUGGCAGCCGCCCUGAAGCCGAAGCCAGCGCACAUCUCCAGAGGCACCCACCGGGACUGGCGCCUCUUGUUCCCAGCUCUUCAUGCUGGUGGGCCCCCUGACUGGAACACCAUGGGCACGGGGGACUUUCUCUGCAUCUCCAUGACCGGAGGGGCGCCCUGGGGCUUCCGCCUGCAUGGUGGCAAGGAACAGAACCAACCUCUACAAGUGGCCAAGAUUCGUGGCAAGAGCAAAGCCUCAGAGUCUGGUCUACGUGAAGGGGAUGAAGUGGUAUCUAUCAAUGGCACCCCGUGUACAGAUCUUACAUACUCAGAAGUCAUCAAACUUAUGGAAAACAUCACUGAUUCUCUCCAAAUGCUUAUCAGAAGACCAUCCAAUGGAAUAAAUGAGACCUACAUCCCUGAAACUGCAAACAAAGAGCAUGACCACCUUGUCCAUGAGGACCACGUGGAGAGAACCAGCCUGGAAAUUUGGCCCCACUGCACCCAGAGCCAGAGGGCAUUUCCUGGCCAGAAAGAUGAAAAGAGCCCCGAUUGUUCAGGAGAGACCAAGCCAAGCCCCCAAAUAGCUCUGCACCCCCCAAGAAGACCCUGGGCAGAGUCAAUAGUCUUGGGGGAGAUAGAAGGGGGCAGGCCAGGAGCCGUGGUGGAGCUGCAGUUGUCCCUGUUGCCUGACAGACACAAAGACCCUGGGACCUUGGUGGGGAUUAUCCCGGAAGGAGCUGAAAACCACCCCUCCCCUGACCCUCACCCAGACCAGCUGCAGGGAGGGUUUGGCCAAGAAACGUCUGCCUUCUCUGAUGAGAAAGAGGAUUCUGGUCAGGGGCCCAGUGACAAGCUAAUUCAGCUCUCUAGUGGCCAAGAGUUGCAUGUUACCCAGGGGAGAGAGGCGGGAGCCCCCCACCUCUCCAGAGCUGAAGUGGUCAUCAACUACUCCUACGACAGAGAGAAGGCAGAAGGGUCCAACUGGGCAGGAAGAAAGGGGUGUGGUGAUUUUCAAGUGGAAGGAGGGCGGGCUGAAGCACCUCCUUCUGUGGUCUCCUUUCCCCUCUCCUCGGAAGGCACUGAGCGGGGAGAAGAUCAGCAGAUCUCAGAAAGGGAUCACCGGAGGCCCCACAAGCACCGAGCCCGGCACGCCCGUUUCCGGCGGAGCGAAAGCUUGUCCGAGAAACAGGUGAAGGAAGCCAAAUCCAAGUGCAAGAGCAUCGCCCUCCUCCUCACAAACGCCCUCAACCCCAACUCCAAGGGGGUGUUGAUGUUUAAGAAACGCCGCCGGAGGGCGAAGAAGUAUACCCUGAUCAGCUACGGCACCGGAGAGCUCCAGCGCGAAGCCGACACCGAGGAAGAGAGCGAAAAGGACGGGCUUGUGGAAGUCAAGCUCACGAGCGAGUCGGAGGUAGAUGAAGAGAUCGUCUCGGACACCGACGACGACCAAGAAGCCCCAGCGUGGACCUCGGACUGGGACUCUGGGCUGCUAGACGUGGAGAAGAAGCUGAAAAGUGGAGACAAGAUGCAGAUGCUGCCAGACAGCUCGGGGAAGGGCGUCCUCAUGUUUGCCAAGAGGAGGGAGAGGAUGGACCAGAUCACCGCUCAGCAAGAGGAGGUGAAGGCAGAGGGAGCGGCCCGCGGGGAAGUCGAGGAUGGCCAAGCAGACGGGCUGAGGACAGUCGCUUCCUACCAGAGGAGGGAAGAAGAAAGCCUGAGAAUUCAGAGCAACGUGGCGAAAAGCUACGUGGAACGAAGCCACGCGGCUCAGCAGAAUGGCCUGAGUGGAGCCGCAGAGAUGCCCGAGGCCCACAGAUUGGCAGCCUCCAACAGGACGGCCAAGCCCUUCCCGGGAUCGACGAACCAGGCGGCGGUGCCAUUUGCCCCUACCAGAACCGUCGCAAGUCCUCUGUAUGACUUUCCUGCGCCACCCCCUUACUCUGCGGUCACCCCUCCUCCAGAAGUCUCGUCCAGAGGGGUGACCAGCCCCUUAGCUGCCCCGGCACAACCACCCCCGUGGCCCCAGCCAGCCCCGUGGGCCCAGCAGGCCUUUUAUGAGCCCACCGAACAGAUCGCUUCCCGGGAUGAGAGGAUUGCUGUGCCAGCCAAGAGAACGGGCAUAUUGCAGGAGGCCAGGCGGAGGGGUGCCUCGAAGCCCAUGUUUACCUUCAAAGAGCACCCCAAGGUCAGUCCCAACCCUGAACUGUUGUCACUCGUGCAGAACGCAGAGGGCAAGCGAGGGCCUGGGGCCGGCUUCGAGUCAGGACCCGAAGAAGACUACCUCAGCCUGGGAGCGGAGGCCUGCAAUUUCAUGCAGGGCCACUCUUCGAAGCAGAAGACCCCGCCUCCCGUGGCUCCCAAACCUUCUGCCAAGCCCUCUCCCCCUCAGCCAGCCACUCCCGUCUCCCCAGUCUGGUCUCCGUCGACCGCAGCGCCGAGCCAACCUCCCGCGUUCCCGGUUUCGAACCAGCCCCAGGGAAUUGUCGCAUCUGCCAUUAAAAUAGCUCGGCCUGCUUCCGCCACUUACCCGCCCGCGAGUACUCCCAGUGUGGCGGGUCCCUUUAGAGGCCCUCGAGCGGCAGUGGCCAGUGUGAACCACACGUCCAAAGCGAUGCCCGCAGGAAGCGCCACGCCAGCGUCUGGGGCGGGGCCGCCGAGCGAGCUGCCGGAGUUGAGGGGCAAAGGGGCCCAGCUCUUUGCCAAGAGGCAGUCUCGGAUGGAGAAGUACGUGGUGGACUCGGAGAAAGUGCAGGCCCACAUGGCCCGCGCUCAGUCUCCCACCCCGUCUCUACCAGCGUCUUGGAAAUACUCCUCCAACGUGCGAGCGCCGCCGCCCGUGGCUUACAAUCCCAUCCUGUCUCCAGCCUACCCUCCGGCGGCGAUGAAGCCGCAGCCUGGCGCCGCGGCCCCCCCCAAGGCCAGCAAGAAGAGGGCCAAGAAGCCCCUCAACGCCCUAGACGUCAUGAAGCACCAGCCGUAUCAGCUCAACGCGUCGCUAUUCACUUUCCAACCUCCGGGUGCCAAGGACGGCCCGGUCCCGAAGCCCCUGGCCAAGCUGGCGCCGGUGCCAGUCUUGAAGUCAGCUCCUUCCUCCCAGCCGGUCCACGCUAGCUCAGCCCCCACCUUCCGAGCUUCGUCCGUGUGCUCCGUGCCAGCCUACGGCGCCCAGCCGGCCUCGUACUCCGAGGCCGCCGCCACGCCGGUGGGGCCCGAAGCCCUGCCCGCCUCUCCCAAGCCUGAGUCCGCCCCCGCCACUUACUUCGUGGCUCCGAGGCCCAAGUUCUCGGCCAAGAGAAGCGGCGUCCCGGUUCAGGAUGGUGGACAGUCCUUACCAUGUUUUGGAAGACCUGUUGCAGCCACUGUAUAUACCACUUCUCCUCUGAUGUUCCAACCUUCCCCCAGUUACCCCAGCAAACCAGUCAGUGAGCCUGCAAAAGUCAACAAGAGACUCACACCUUGGGAAGCGGCUGCUAAGUCACCCCUUGGCCUUGUGGAUGAUGCAUUCGGCCCCCGAAAUAUCCAGGAAUCCAUCGUGGCCAAUGUAGUCUCUGCUGCCCAGAGGAAAAGCCUGCCAGAGCCACUUCGGGACUGGAAACCAAGAGUUUCCUAUGCACCCCAAGCUCAGAAGGCAAACCUGGUCCCAUUCCACAGGAGGGAGAAUGGCAUCACCAACCUGCCACAAAGUGCCAGGGCAGCCACUUAUGUCAACAGCCAGUAUGACGCCCCGUUGCCAUAUUUCGACUAUUACAGGAAGCCACCUAGGACUGGGAUGAUGACAAUGGAGACCAAGUCUGAGUAUGGCUACUCCUUCAGCAAUAGCAACUACAAUCCACACCCAAGAGGAUGGAAACGUGAGACCUGAGAUUUCCCCAGAGUAGAGAAAGCCUCCUUUUCUGCCCUUAGCAUCUGUCAGUUCUAAUAGCCAAGCCAUGGAACAAAUCAAGUGAUCUUUUCUUGGUCCAACCAGUUCUGUAGGGCAUGACAAUCUUUUGCUCUUGGCAAAAGAAAUAGAUUUGACUCACAUAGCUCUGAGAUCCUCCUAUGUGAGAGAUUUGCUAAAUUUUUUUUUUUGGUCUUUAGUUCCCCAAGUCACAUUUGUAUAUUUUAGCCCGUGAGAGUGAUACACAUGCACAUUCAAACCUUAACUCAAAAUACCAACACUUACUCUUUCCUACUCCUCACUCAAGCAAUGUAUGGGGAAAAAAAGAGAUUGUAUUUGUGGGAGGCAAAUGCAAUUGUCUGAGUUGGUUUCUGGAGUUCUUAGCCUCGUUUUCUUCAUGUUACCAACACGUUUCCCAGUAGGACUAAGCAAUUCACGUCUAUGAGAGUUAUUGGGUCUCCUGUCUGAUCUUUGUGCCAUCAUGAGUUAUAGAAAGGAAGGAAUACCUCAGUAUUUCUAGACCUGGCAUUGGAGAUCCAUGACAAGGAGCCUAAUUUAGGGGAAGCUUUCAAAGGCAAUGCACCAGUGUAGUUUGUAUGGGAAGGAAUUCCCUGCUGAUUUUUUUUUAAAGUAUUCCCCUCGAUAGCUUAAUAUCUAAUUAAAUUCAUUUUUCUUUAAGAAACUGAUAGUAGUUAUAGACAGUCUGUGAAAGAGACUAAUGAAAUGGACAUUUUAGGGUAAGGUUACAAGAAAUGCCAGAAUUAUUUUGAAACCAAGAGUUGUACAUCUGAAGUGGGAAAGAUUUACAUAGUGUAUUAUUUCUAAUCAAUUUGUAUCUGACCUUCUAAGAAAGAAAUAGGUACAGGGAUAGAGAUUGAUUUCAUUAAUAUAAGGGACUUUCCAGUGAGGAAACUCCCUCUAGCAAUGCAGGUUGAUAUCUUCUUUACAAUUUACUGUUCUAGAGAGCUGCCUGGGGCAAUGAGAGAUUGUGACUCGCCCAGGGUCACACAGCCAACAUCUGCCAGAGAGGGGACUGGAACCCAAGUCUUCCCAUCACCAAAGCUGACUCUAUCCACUAUCUUACGCUGCUUCUAAUGAAUGAAAUAGACCCUAGCAAAAUAAAUGUGAUGGGCUACUCAUAUCUUUUACUCAUGAUAUAGAUGCCAAAUUCAGUCUCAAGUUUAGUGAGGCCAUGAAUGUCAUGACAUGCCUCUUUCUCAUUGCCUAAAAGAAUUGUUGAAAGGCAGGUUUUUUGUUAUGUGUUAUAGGGUGUGAGUACUGAUGUGAAGUAGAAGAAAGAACCCUAGGGGGUUUGUUAUAUAUUUUAAUGGACUAGGGAAAUAGCCAAUUAUAACUGCUUGUCACUGUACAUGGUAGCCAGUCACUGAGUUGUAGAGAAAGUUAUUGGCCAAUGAACCAACCAGCCAGAGCUGCUGGUCCUAAUAGUUACUUACUUAGAUGAUAAAUUGACAGGUAGAUUAUAGAUAGAUAGAUAGAUAGAUAGAUAGAUAGAUAAUAGAUAAUAGA